AUGAAAUUUUUUUAAGGACUUAUGAGAUCUCAACUUCGAUAUAAAUAAGAUAGAGAGAAAGCACAAGAGGCUUAAGAUGAGUUCUUAGAGUACGUCUAAAGGCAGGUCUAUUUAUGA